UUACCUGCGACAUAUUUUUUUUAGAAAAUCCUCUACUAAUUUUACGUAUCCAUGGUAAUUUUCUUUAAAAAAUACCAAACCCCCCAAAGAAUUACCAACACACACUUCUCUCUAUUGAAAAAAUCGAUAAACCGUAUAAACCCCCCGACCAUCCCCGAUCUUCACCAACCGAGAAAAGUCUCACCACCCGCAUUCUACCCGCACCACCACCAGGACCUCAUCUCUCUUGAUGAUGAUGAAUUUUAUUGAUUUUUCUCCCGAAUACUUUCCCCGUAAUUAAUCACCACAACAACAACUCAUCCAUUUUCUCUUCCUCUCUCUCCACUGUCUCUUUUUUAGUAAUAAAAUAAAAAUUAAUUAUGCAGUAAAAAAAACCAUGGAAACUAAUAAAAGCAAUAACUACACAUUAAAAUGGAACGACUACCACGUUACUAUGCAAACCGAGUUCAAAAGACUUUUAACCUCGCGAGAUUUAGCGGAUUUAAAAUUAAUUUGCCAAAAUCAAGAGGUUUUUUUCUGCCAUAAAAUCGUCAUGGCGAUGGGAUCAGAGUUUCUUGAGAGGAUUCUUUUGAGGACCCCGCAGGACUGCUGCUGCAACAACGCCAUGACAACCACGACCACGCCCACGACGACCACGCCCCCUGCGACUCCUUGUUGUUCGCUAACGGAAAUAAUCCUCCCGGAGGUGAAGAGCAGGGAGCUGGAGAAAAUCCUCACUUUUGUCUAUGAAGGGCAGGUGAACGUGGGGGAGGGGGAUUUGGGGGAUUUUUUCGAGGUUGCCAAGCAACUGGGGAUUAAGGGGUUGGUUGAAGAGAAGAAGAAUUCAGAGUCGAUUUUGGUCAAGGCGUUGUUGGGGAAUAACAAUGAUUUGUUAGUGAGGAAUUGUCACGUGGUGGAGGGUGGUGGUGGGGGUGGUGUGGGUGUGGGUGGGGAGAUGGAGGGGGAGGGGGAGGAUGAGAGUGGUGGGGAGGAGGAUGAAAAAAGCUCCGAGGAAGACUCCAAAUCCUGUGAAUUUGAUGAAAUUAUGAAUUUUGACGAGGAUGACAGCGGGUCCUUCCAUUCUUCAACCAAAACCCGAACGAAAAAGUACCCCCUGACGACCCACCCGGAACAGCAACCCUCCACCUCUUCCACUUCAAUCCUGAACAAUCGCAUCCGCGCGACGGACCCGCGCCCGUGUCCGAAAUGCGGCAAAAUCUACCGCUCCGCGCACACCCUGCGGACGCACCUGGAGGACAAACACACCUCCUGCCCCGGAUACAGGUGCGUCCUCUGCGGGACGGUCGCCAAGUCGCGCAACUCGCUCCACUCGCACAUGUCGCGGCAGCACCGCGGGAUCUCGACAAAGGACCUCCCCGUCCUCCCCAUGCCCGCCCCCUUCGACCCCAACUUGGCCGCGAGACUCCUGGGUGAAAACUAUGGAAACACUGGAUCCCGCGACCCCCGGAACCUCCCCCCCGCCCCCACGACCCCCGGAGGCGGUGAAGAAUCGACAGGGUCAGCAAUACUGGACACUUAUCUCCGCUUUAUCCAGGAAAAUACUGGUUUGUUUGGUGGAAACAAAAUAGAUUAAUAUUGUUGCCAUGGAGAUUUGUAAAUAUUUUCUAGAUAUUUUUUUUAUCAAAGUAUACAAAGAACUACCUCAGGAAUUUUUCUUUCAUUUCGUAACUUGACAAAAA